AUGUCAUGCAAUGGCUAUAUUGUUUCGUUUGAACCAAAUGUACAAGAGAAGAAGUUAUACGUAGUUGGUCCAGAGGGAAUCGAGUAAUAGGUUAUAGACAGAUUGUCCAAAUGGGCUACUGCCAGCAAAAAGGAGCUUGGUUUUAUGACUAAAGAAGAGGUAGAGAUCAGCUAGUGA